GAUCGCUGCGCUGCUCUCCCGCUUCCGCUCCUGCUUGUCGUCUUCCUCCCUCCCACCCUUUCCUCCCCGCCGUCUCACUCAACUGCCAAAACCCUAAACCCCGCUCCGUCCACCGCGAUGGAGGACGUGCUCCGCUCCCCCGCCGGCUCGCCCGGCCCGCCGUCCCUACCCCCCGCGGCGGCUGCGGCGGGCGGCGCGCCGGAGGACGUGGCGCUGCUCCCUCUCCCCCCGCCGCCGCCGCUGGGAUCGUCGCGACCGGAGCGCCUCGCCGACCGCCUCGAGGCCCUCGCGCCGCGGACGAGGAGGUGUUACAGGAGGAGGAGGACGAGCGCUAGCCCCGGAGCGGGUGGCCGGGCCCGUGCAACGCCGCCGCGGGAGCCGCAGGACGCGCCGCCGCUCCCUCUCCCUCCGCCUCCACCGCUGGGAUCGUCGCGCCCAGAGCUGGCCGUGGCCCGCCUCGAGGGCGGCGACGCGCGGCCUGCCGCCGCUGCCGGGAGCAUGGGGAGGAGCGCCAGCCCCGGAGCGGGAGCGGGAGGAGGCCAGCGGCUGCAGCGGCGGUGGCGCUCCCCGAAACGGAGGUCGUCGCCGUCGCCCGCGCCGCCCAAGCGGUCGCGCCGUGGGAGUUCCUGGAGCAAGGACAGGCCAAGUGAAGGCAGGGGCAGCCGCUCUCGCUCUCCAGAUAGGCCUCACUAUGGUGUUACCACUAAUGGUCAAGAUAAUACUGAAAGGUUAGGAUUAAUGACAUACAAACAGUUUACCCAAGUUCUUGAGGAUGAUGUUUCACCAGCUCAAGCUGGGGCCAGGUACAAAGAAUACAGGACAGAAUACAUAGCUACUCAGAAACGUGCUUAUUUUGAUCUCAAUAAGAAUGAAGAUUGGUUGAAAGACAUGUACCACCCAACAAAAUUAUUAUCUGUUAUUGAAAGGAGGAAUGAGUUUUGCAAGACUGUUGCAAAAAAUUUGAUUCUCGACCUGCGGAAUGGAACUUUGGAUCUUGGUCCUGGAGUGACUGCUGAUGCACCGAUUAAAUCAGGAGGCAAGGAUGGAAGCCCUGAGGAUGAUGCAGAUUAUGGUGAAAGGGAAAGAAAGCAUGGAAGAGGUCCCCGGAAAGAGAUAGAACCGCUUUCAGCUGCUCCUAGAGCUCAUCCGGUCAGUUCACAGUACAGAAGGAUUCACGUUGACAUAGAGCGAACUCUUGCUUUGUUGAAAAAGCUUGAUUCAGAGAAGGAUAUUGUGGGAAACAUGCUAUUAACUGGUGUUCACGGCAAGUCAAAUGUUGAUGAAUCAUUCAGCAAGUCCAUGGGGCCUGUAGUUAUUAUCCGGAGCUUAAAUACUGUCAAGGGCCUUGAAGGUGUUGAGCUCCUAGACACUCUCCUUACUUAUCUGUGGCGUGUCCAUGGUGUUGAUUACUAUGGCAUGUCUGAGAUGAAAUAUGCAAAAGGUUUUCGUCAUGUGAGAGCUGACAACAAGAGUGGCAGUAUGGUUGAAAAUAUCAAUGCUGCUGAUUGGGAGAGGAAACUGGAUUCCUUCUGGGAAGAAAGACUGAUGAAUGGUGAGGAUCCUCUAGUUGUAUUGACUGCCAAGGACAGAAUUGGUGCAGCAAUUGCUGAAGUUCUAGAAACUUAUGUCAGAAAAAUGCGGGAUAAGAAGUAUGUCUGGAAGUAUGGUUGUGGUGCCAAUGGAUGUGAAAAGCUUUUUCAUGCUCCUGAGUAUGUACACAAGCAUCUGAGGCUCAAGCAUCCUGGUUUGGUCUCUAUUUUGGCCUCAAGAGUCGAAAAUGAUAUCUAUUUCCAAAAUUACAUGGAUGAUCCAGAUGCUCCAGGAGGAGAACCAGUUAUGCAGAAAAUGGAACCUGAUAGAAUGAGACGAAGGCCUGAUGAACAGAAGUAUGGUGCUUCUGGUGGACGUGGUUCAGACACUCUACUUCUCCCCAAACCUUCACUAGUACUAAUACCUGUGCCUGGUGCUGGCCCAUACGGUCCAUUUGUUCCUGCACCUUCAGAGAUGGCCAUGCAGAUGACGCAGAAAGGACAUUCAGGACCAGAUGCUGCUCGACAAUGGAAGCCUUCGGUGCUGGGACCAAUGCUACCCAUGUAUCCAUCAUUUCCACUUGACAUACAUACUUAUCGAAGUUACAAAGAUCUCGAUGCUCCAAAGGAAGAAAUCGCCGCUCUUGACUUGAGAAGAUUGUAGAGAAUUUCCAGUUGUCCUUUUUGAUUUCGCUGAUAACCAUAGCUAGUUCAUCCUGAUAGCAUGUGCAACCAGUGUAUCUGACCUGAAAGCAGUUACGUUCGGUUCCUGAGGCAUGAAGCCCGAAAGGUUUUUUUAGGUCUCCAAUAAUGUGAUGCUUCAUCAUGUUCUGCAGGCUCUAGCACGUCCUAUACGCUCAUAUAUGAGGAUAUUUUAGAUAGACUUCUUAUACAACAGUUACCUGUUGGCUGUUUGCUGUUUCACUACUGUAUUUUUCCAUUUGUGAGACACACAAGCUGCAUGGUCGUUCAACUUCAAACUGCUCAUAGUUGCUGCUGGAUGUUGGGAUCCAGGGAAAAACUCCCUUUUGUAACUAUUUUUUCCCUCAA